AUCAAACAGCAUCACAAAAACAUAUCCUCAAAUUCUAAAUUGCCGGAGUUGUGUGGAUCUGAAGUCGCAGUGUUUCAGCGUCAGCCUUCCGACCCAAGUUUUGAACUUCUGACUUUCUGAAACAAAGUUGCUCACUGCGAGGGGUUAGCAGCAUGUUUUGGCGAUUGCCACCUUGCCUCGAAGUCGCUACGAUGCUGCCUAAAAUCACGAUCAACAGGCGCUCCGAGUCAGGCAUUAAGCACCUCGACAGUGGAUCUAUUCAACAUGAAGUCACUUCAGACUUUGGCCUUGAUGUUCAAUUGGCCCAUUUUACUGAACGCUAUGGACGUUUGGGGUUUAUCCAAGACCAUUAGUCAGCCUGUUCCAACCACGGAACACUAUCCAGACUCAUGGCCUCGCUUUGCAGGACCUGAAGAACAAGCACUUCAUCAUCAAGAAGUUUCCCAACUGGAAGGAAUAUAUCCGUUCAAUGUAUGGCACUCAUAUCCACAGACAGAACCUUCUUGGCUGGACACGCAGCUCUUCAACGCACAUCCCUCGGACGCCUAUAUAGAACACCUUGGAGAAGGGACACACCUUGAAGACCAGCUCGAGAGCCCUGGGGACUACCGCCAACCAAACCAGCUUCCAGGGUCCAAGGCACAGCCACAGUUGUGGCUCGACCUGCUCAGUGCAGACGACUUCGAUGGAGCUCUGCACAAUGAUGGCUUCCAUUCAAGUAGUCACUACGAUAGUGUUACAAGUCUCAGGCGUCACUCGGGAGUGCAAAAUAUCGACUCUCAUGACCCUCCGGCCGUCUGGACUGCACCUCACAUCCAGCUCUCCCAAUCAGUAUCAGGACACCACAUUCCUGCCGAGCAUUUGACUAGCUCUUCGGAGAAUGAGUUUGCUCAUAUCCUUGAGCAAAAUCACAGAAUUCAAACAUCUGUCGACGUUCACACCUCUAACAACCCACCACCGCCAAUCUUAGAUAGCACUUCGGGACUCGAUCUGCUCAGCGCAGGCGAUGGUGAAGCUCGACACCAUGAUGCCUUCCAUUCAACAGGUCCCUACAAUAGCUUCACGAGGCUCAAAGGUCACUCUGAAGUGCACAAUGAGUACCCGCAACAUUCUCCGGGCUUUUCCUAUGCACCGCACGUUCAUAUCUCGCAAUCGCCAUCAGACCACAGUAUUCCUACCGAGCAUCCGAUCGAUUUUCUGGAUAGUAAUCUUGCUCGUAUGCUUGAUGAAGAUGACAACUUUGAUACAUCUCUUUUCUCUCAGGCCUUUAACAAUGAGCCCACAGAAAUCCCACGCGACGCUUCAUGGCAACCCCCCCUUCCUCCAACAAGUUCUUCUGUAGCAAGCGGAAGAUGGCCUCUUGAUACCUUUAGGGAGAAUCGCGAUCAUGUCACUCAAGACACGACUCACAGCGCACAGCCCAAAUCAGCUAUUUCAGAUGCAAGGCCGGCGUCAGAGUUGUCUGAAACCCGGCUCAGAGGUCACUCGAAAGUGCACAAUGGAUAUACUCAUGAUCCUCUGGGCCUUUCCUAUGCACCGCACACCCAGAUCUCACAAUCGCCAUCAGGCCACAGUAUUCCUACCGAGAAUCCGAUUGAUUUUCUGGAUAGUAAUCUUGCUCAUAUGCUUGAUGAAGAUGACAACUUUGAUGCACCUUUUGGAUCUCAAACCUUUGACCAACCAAUCUUACAAGUGGCUUCCUCGCGACUCUCUGUUCCUCAGGUCAUUUCUUAUAUCUUGAACGGAGAACCGCCUCUUGAAACUUUCAAGGACACUUUCACCCAUUUCACCCACAGCACGCCUCCAAUCACACAUUCAAUAUUACCUAUUCCAGAGGCCAGGCAGGCGUCAGAGUUGCCUCCAAACUUGUGCGUGUUUCUGCCUCGACUGGAACAGGAGUCCAAACCUUUUACUAAUUCUUCAUUGGGCUACAGUGACUUCCGCCGUUUGCCAAGUACAUCCAAUCAUCUCCAUCAAUUUUCAUUACCGGCCAGCCGUUCGCAAGAAGAAUCCCUGACAAAAGCACCCGCGCCAUUGUUUAGAUCAGGCCCACUCAAACACCCAUUUCAGACGGAAUCACCAUUCUUGAAAUACAAAGCGUAUCAGAGUCACUUUACAUUUGAUGACAGUGAAGGAUUCAUUCGUCAAGUCAAACGAAAGUCUGAAGAUAACGAAAUCCUUACCUUGCCCUUGUCGGCUGCCUCGAGUCAGAAGCCCGCACUGUUACAAUCUGAACCCCCUACAACUGCUGCACUCUACUCUCAAACAAAUUCUAUCCUAAAACGCAAAAAACAUCGCGGCAAAGCAACUAUACAUAAUAAUCCAGUAGACCUUGAAAAACAUCAAUCAACCCCCAAAGCUAUAGAAAGAUACUACGGUCGAAGCUGGCGUCGAGAAAAAUUGAUAAAGGAGAGAUUAUUGCACGAUGUUGAUGCAAACCUUAUGCAGAAAUUCGUAUCAAAUUCGAAUCAUCUAUCAAUUUCACCUAGAGAAUUAAUUGACAGUUUUCAUCCUAAAAUCCAAGAAUUUUUAAACUUGAUCGGCUUAGAACGUAUCAAAAAGUUUCAUACACACUAUCUUCAAACAAACAUGGAUAAACUUUUGGAUAAUUACUUAGAGAUCUUGACCACAUGCUCUGAAGUUGUUUCGUCUAAUGGUUUACAUACCAACAUGGUACAAGAUAUCCGUGAUGGUUACAAGUGGCUCAUAGAAAAAUUAGCAAGACUUCCAGGAACUCAAUUUGAAUAUUUACCACUUGUUGGGAACACUGUAGGACCUGAUGAAAACGCUGUCUUCAUGAAAACGUUCGAUGGGCUUUCUAUAUAUCGUGGUACAGUCUUUUGGUUAGCUCAUCCAUUAUAUGACAGGAGACGUAACAGAGUGGCCACCACCUAUGUCCUAGAAUUUAUGCGUCAAAAUCGAAUGCAUUGGAUCAAAUAUCUGACGCCUUCUACGGCUGGUGAGUUAUCAUCGAAGACUUUGUUAAUUUGGGCAAAAAGGGUAAGACCAUUGAAAUAUAUCAGUCCACAUUGAUGAGGAUGACAAGCGAGGUAAUUAAGGUCAAAGAAGUGGUAUAACCAUUUGAUUACUUUGAUCCCAACAAGAAAGGAUCACCGCUGACUGAUAAGCCUGAGUUACGAUGAUUUUCGAAGUAAUGCAACUUGAAAAAUAAUAAUGUCCUGAAGUCAGUUGGUCAGAUGUGGCAGCUCCUUGAAAUGCUUCCGUCAAUUACCAUGUUCAGAGAGGAUAGGUUUGAGGCAAAGAGCUCUAAAGUAUAUAUAUCAAACUCAAGUCUGCACGCAUACAACAGCUCUUUUCCUCCUCUACAUUCUUUUGUAUCCCAAUUCCUUCAUAGAAGUCUACCACCCCCGCAUAUAGAGUACGUCAAAUGUGUAGAAAUUGGUUAAGGACCCUUUGUUAGAAAUAAACUACCCGCAUUCUUCCCAUUAUAACAAGG